CACAUAUGCUUCUGUCAGCUAUCCUAACAUAGGUGCGCAUGUACACACACAUACAUAUUACAUACACACACAUACACAUUACAUUCUCACACAUAUACUUGCAAACACCAAACAUGAUUGUAUAUACUCACUUUGGUCAAGCUUUUCAAAUUGUAAAUAAUUUCUAUUUUCCUGUACAUUUCUAUUAUUUUCGCUAGGUCUUGAAUUUUCACUAUUUCGCUACCCGUUCCCGGUUUCCUUCUCUGGUACCUGGACUGGGGACCGGCGACCCGCAGGCCCGCGAGGGCAAUAUAAAAUCUGGCAGCCAGAAGUCGCGGCUUCCAACGCAGUCGCUGGGACUUUUCUAUACUCCUUUUGUUUCCGUCACUUUUACUAGCUUUUGCACGUACCCAGCUCUCUCCUUAGUUUUUAGGCAUUCUUUUCCCCGGCCAUGUGUUCUAGAGUAUGUACCUAGCCGGCGCCCAAAUCCUAGCCUAGCAAGACAGGCAGUGAGUCUCACCCUCUUGACCGAAGAACACGCGCAUCUCACCAGCACUGAUUCCAAUAAAGAACAUAUUUUAUUUAAACUUACUACAAGCGCAAAACUCAUUCUGUUCCAUACACUCCACCCACAAAUUGGUGACCCCGACGUGAUGUCAACCGCAAUCGUGAGUGAGCUGUGGAGUGAAUAUUGAGUGACUCACGGAAUUUUGAACAAUAUCUUUGAUUUUUUUUUUCGCAUACAGUAAGUGCAGUCGGUGCGCGCAAAUUACCGAACAUCAACUCUCAUUCGCUAGUGCAACACGCGUAGUGCAGUGAUUCUUGUAUAAAUACUAAAUAGAACAAUAAUCCGCGUUUAACGAUGGCAAACGGAAACGUCACCGACGCGAAUGGUUUCGUAGACGCGCUCGAGAACGCACUCUCGAUCAACCGAGUAGCAGUAAGGAUUCCACCAUUCAACGCUACGGAUCCAGAGCUAUGGUUUUCCAUGGUGGAGACCAGUUUCGGAGCAGCAGGCGUAACAACGGACAGCACCAAGUUCGGGUACGUCGUAGGCGCGAUGGAUCCGAAAUUUGCUCAAGAGGUGCGUGAGAUCAUCGUCAACCCUCCGCCUCACAACGCGUACACUACGCUCAAGACAGAGCUCAUCAAGAGGCUCAGCUCGACACAGGAGCAGAAAACUCGACGGCUGCUGGAGAGCGAGGAUAUCGGGGAUAGGAAGCCAUCCCAAUUCCUUCGACACCUACGCUCUUUGGCAGGGACCGCGGAACCUGAUAGCGUACUUCGACCCUUAUGGCUAGGACGGCUGCCUGUUAACAUGCAGGUGAUCCUCGCGACACAGCGUGACGCUGAGCUGGACAAAGCAGCGGAACUCGCGGAUGCGGUCGCGGAAACGUCUAACCCGCGCGUGAGUAUCUCGGAGGCAGCGGUAACUUCGCCGACAAAUACGAUUGUGGAACAGAUGCAGCAAAUGAUGCAGAUGUUCCAACAACAGAUCGUGAACCUGCGGCUCGACAUUUCCGAAUUAAAAACAUCGUCCGGUGGAAGCAUAAACAGGCGAGAACAACGCACGCGGUGGCGCUCGCGUUCACGUUCACAAUCCCGCGGUCACGGGAGAAACGGACUAUGUUGGUACCAUUGGAGGUACAGUGCCGACGCAAAGAAGUGUGAACAACCGUGCAACUUUACCUCGGGAAACGCGGGGGGCAGUCGUUAA